AAUAAAAAGAGAUCUUGUGUGAAAACGGCGCAACCCAUUUGCGUAUCGGGCUUUGAGUGAGCGGAGGAACUCAACACUUCGCUGCUCAGUUUGGAGCGAUGGCGGCAUGAAUGAAGCUUUGAUCUCACCUUGGCCGCCCGCCAACUGUUCAAAGACCCGAAAACAAGAGGAGAGAAAUUUCUUGAUUGAUGAAGUAGAAGGGUAUGGCUUGGAGGCGCAGUUUGUCCACCACCGGAACCUUAAUUGCCAGAAGGCUCCGCCUGUCAUUCUUUCACAUUCACCGCAACAACCGCGAUGAACCAAUUAUCUGUUCGCCAGGAAGGCAUUAUUCAUCUCCGUCCACUUCAAUCAACUCAUUGCCCUGUGCUGCUUCCGGGUCAAGGAAUCUUCUCAGCCCUCGAUCAAUGGAGAGACAGGGUUUGUUGUUCAUGCCACCUCCUGGGAUCAGCUCCUCGCUGUGUAGAUAUAUGUCCAAUGCUAGUGGAGAUGACAGCUCGUUUAAGAUUGAUGACUUUGUUGGGGAAGCAACCCCUGAGAAGGUGAUGGAUGUGGUUACUUCCCAACCUUCUGCUAUGAGUGAAGUGGCACUUGCUGCAGCAGACUCUUCUUACCCUGUUGCCGGAAUUGAGUACCUGAUUGGUGCGGUGCAUUCGUUUACUGGCUUGAAUUGGUGGGCAUCUAUAGCCUUGACAACUGUAUUAAUCAGAGGAGCGACAGUUCCGCUGCAAAUAAAUCAAAUGCGUUCUACUGCAAAACUCAGUUUAAUGAGACCGCGCGUGGAAGAGUUGAACCAAACAUUGAGGGAGACGGCAAAUGAUCCUGAUGCUGCGUCCAAAUACCUGCAAAGUUUCGCAUCAUUAUUCAAAGAAUAUGGCAUCAGUCCAUUCACUCCUCUGAAAGGACUCCUGAUGCGAGGUCCCAUCUUCAUUAGUUUUUUCUUUGCUAUAAAAAACAUGGCUGAAAAAAUUCCUUCUUUUCAAACUGGUGGAACUCUCUGGUUUGUCAAUCUGGCAACUCCAGAUAGCCUUUACAUCCUACCAAUCCUGACAGCUCUGACCUUCUGGAUUGCUGUGGAGUUCCAUUUAGAAGAAGGACUCAAUGGAACUGCUGUGGCUGGUACCAUGAAAAAAUUCUUUAGGGUCUUCACUGUUCUCUCAAUUCCAGUUAUGAUGUGUUUCCCAAAGGCAAUGUUUGGUUAUUGGCUUACCUCCAACAUGUUCUCCCUUGCAUUUGGAUUAGUGGUACAACAGCCAGGGGUCAAGAAAUUUCUGAAAGUUCCUGAUAUACCGGUUUCACCUGCUUCUGCAUCACAGCAAUUCUCUCAAGCCCCUAGCUCAAGAGAAAAAGAUGAAGGCAACGAAACAAAAUAGGAUAGGUGAGACAUAUGAGUUUUCUGCUCAAAGAGGCAUUAAUUUGCUAGGUGUAACUUUGUCCUUUGCUUAACGACAGACUGUAAUUUUGCUGUAGUCCCCACCCCAAGGCAAUUUGUUUUGUGACAAAUUCUUACUUAGUGAGGAAAAAGGAAAUUGCUUGAGCAAUGACGAACCAUUUUGACCUGAGUGUUGUUGGAAAAAAAAUGGAAGGAUAAUUUAAUGACGAUAAGAGAUUUCCUUGGUCA